GAAGAUCGGGUGAUCGGAAAAGUUACAACCAAGCUAUACUGGGCCUACUUCUGAAGUGGAGUACAUCCUUUGGUGAUUAUCAUAAUGAUCUGUUUCUGCCUCAUCGCCCAAGUAACGCUGGUGGCUCCUGAUGUGUGGUUACUUUUCCUUACAAAGCUGAACCCAGAGGAUCAGAGAGAAAAGACAAAUGUAGCUAUCUAUGGAAUGCUUGUUGGUGCCUGCUUUGUUUUCGCCAUCGUUCGGGCAUACGGAUUCCUUUUGGUGUCUCUAAGAUGUGCUAAGCGUCUUCACGACAAAAUGGUUGUGGCUAUUUUACAAGCUCCAGUUCUGUUCUUUGAUUCUAAUCCCGCCGGAGUGAUCCUUAAUCGCUUUUCCAAUGAUUUAGGUUGUGUGGACGAGAUGUUGCCAAAAACAUUUUUGUUUGCAAUUGAAAUGCUUUUACUUAUGCUUGCUGCAGUACUGAUACCAGUUGCUACAAAUCCUUGGCUUCUCUUUGUUUUUGUUCCACUGAUCGGGUUGGUCGUGUACAUUAUCAGGUACUACUUGAAGACUUCCAGGGAACUGAAACGGUUGGAGUCAAUAUCUCGCAGCCCAGUCUUCUCCCACUUUUCAGAGACUCUGAUAGGACUGGACACUAUUCGUGGCAGGGGAAGACAGAGUGAUUUCGUGGAUGUAUUCUUCAGAUAUCAAGAUGUCCAUAAUCAGUCGUACAUUAUGAUCAAUGCCAGUGGCAGGUGGCUUGGGGUACGUCUGGAUAUUGUUGCUGCCCUGUUAAUUGGCGCAGUGGCCCUAGCGGCCGUUUUGGUGGCUCAAGAUGCCGCUGUUGCUGGACUGUCACUUGUUUACAUCAUUCAAUCCUUGACCAUAGUCCAAUAUACUGUCAGAAAAGUUUCAGAUGUGGAGAAUUACAUGACGUCAGUUGAACGAGUUAACACCUACACCAAGCUCAACUCUGAGCCUGGAUACAAAGUCGAACGACUUCCCCCCGCACAAUGGCCAAAUAACGGAGAUAUCACAUUCACAGAUGUGUCACUGACUUAUUACCCUGGGGGACCUCGAGUGCUGAGGGAAAUAAAUCUUGGAAUCAAGGGGGGAGCGAAAAUCGGUGUUGCUGGUCGCACGGGAGCAGGGAAGUCAUCCUUUGUGGCAGCACUCAUGCGCAUGCCUGAUGCUGAUGGUGAAAUUAAGAUUGACGAUAUUCCAGUAAAAGAGAUAAACAUCAAAGCAGCCCGGCGAUGCAUCUCCGUGCUUGGCCAAAAUCCUGUUCUUUUUAGUGGAUCACUGAGAAGAAAUCUAGAUGUGUUGGGUCAAUAUGAAGAUGUUGACCUAUGGCGUGUUUUAGAAGACGUGCAGCUGAAAUAUUUGGUAGAAGGGCUGGAUGGACAGCUUGAGUACAAAUUGCUGGAACAUGGUGCUAAUGUCAGUGUAGGAGAGCGGCAGUUGAUUUGCUUGGCUCGUGUGUUGUUGCAUCGAAGCAGGAUCAUCAUAUUAGACGAACCUACUGCACAUGUGGAUCCAGAAACAGAGGAAACCAUUUGGAAAGUAGUGCGUGAUAAACUGAAGGAUUCUACAGUGAUCACUAUAGCUCACCGUUUGAACACUAUUAGAGACUGUGAAAUGAUUUUGGUUUUAAAAGAUGGAGAGGUCUACGGAUUUGACAAAUUGGACUCGUUGAUAAAUAAGAAAGGUAGCAACUUGGGCGAAUUGGCUCCAUUCUCAAGAAAUUAAACUAUCUGAGUCUCCGCACUUCGUAGAAGACGAAAAUCUACAUGUUUUAAUCAUUUUGGGUGAAUUCUCUAUUGCAGUUGAAAGGGUAAUAAAACAGAAGCAGUGAAUGACUUGAGGUAAAG